AUGGAUGAGGAGACCCUCAACCCGAUGGAGCCGGUUUUUUGCCAACCAUCUGGGUCAGCAUCGGGUCGAGGAACUAGGCCUCAAGGGUUCCUCCCUGAGGAUAUUCGACGUGCAGUCGAGCGGGCAGCACCGAAGCAAUGCUUCGUCUGUGGAGAGAGCGGGGCCACCAUCACCUGCCACGAGAUGGGCUGCCACCGCAGCUUCCACCUUCCCUGUGCAGUGGAGGGUGGAUGCGUAACCCAGUUCUUCUUCCAGUUCAGGUCAUUCUGCUGGGAGCACUGCCCACAGCAGGCAGUGGAGGCAGCUCCAGACAACACCACCAUCUGCCUCAUCUGCCUCGAGCUGGUGGGGGACAGAAAGUCCCACGGCACCCUAGUGUGCCCGGCGUGCAAGCACGCCUGGUUCCAUAGGGCCUGCAUCCAGGGACAGGCUGUCCGCGAUGGCAUCUGCUCUUUUCAGUGUCCGCUCUGCAGGGACAGGGACGCAUUUCUAUCAGAAAUGCUCACCAUGGGCAUCCAAGUCCCCUUCAGGCCCUGGGAGCUGCUCCUGUGCACCUCCUGCGCUGCCGAGGGCACGCAUGUAGGCUGCUCCUACUUGAGGAGCAGCACGGCUGGCUGGGAGUGCAACAGCUGUGCUGGCCUGGGCACCGAGUCCAGCGCCAGCUCGGAGCUCGCCGGCCCCAGCACUGCCAGCCAGCCAGGGUCAGAGUCCCCCAGCAGCUCUCCAGCACUUUGGGGAGGCCUCCGCCCCAGCGGCCCUGGGCCCAUGCUGGAACGAAACCGCUCCCGCUUUCACCAUCAGGCCCAAAAUCGCCACAUCCGGCCCAGAGGUCGCCAGGAGAGGAGCCACGUGCCAGCACCACGUGCUGGGAGUGACACCCCCAGCCAGGCGGUGCAGGGGCCAUCCAUCAGCUCUCUGGCACCCGAGGCGAGCAGCCCCAGCACCACCAGACCGCUGGCAUCGCGGUCCUCCCGGGGCUCCCGAGUGCUGCAGAGCAGCAGGGGUUCCAGCCCCCCUGGGCCCGUGCGGACGCAAGACCACUAUAACUUGCGUCACCGGGCCCAGCACCCUUACAGCUAG